GUGUUGUGUUGUGUUGUGUUGUGUUGUGUGUGUGAUGGGCGCCGAGUGUGCGUGUUCUGGCCACACAAACCAUUUCCAGAAGAAACCGCGACCAUGAGUGAGGGCCACAUCGACUACUACGAGCUGCUCGGGGUGUGUCGCACAGCGACAGGGGACGAAAUUCGCCGGGCGUACCGCAAGCUUGCGCUGCGGUGGCACCCCGACAAGAACCCGGGUCGAGAAGAGGAAGCAACAGCAAACUUCAAGCGCAUCAGCGAAGCAUACGAUGUCCUCUCUGAUGAAACCAAGAGGUCCAUUUACGACAGAUAUGGCUACGAAGGCCUGAAAGAGGGCGGCACGCGGCCAAACGCAGGCUUUCAUUUCAGGGACACCUCCGACAUUUUCCGGGAGGUGUUUGGCUUUGACCCGUUUGGAGGCUCGCCGUUUGAUGGUCGCGGUGGUCGCAGCCGCGGUAACGGCCACGCGCAACAGGCGCCGUUUGGCGGCCUCUUUGGCUCCUUCUUUGGCGAUGACAUGUUUGGGGGCUUUGGGAAUGGCUUUGGCGAUGGCUUUGGGGGCGGCUUUGGUGACUUUGGUGCCCCAUUUGGCGGCGGGAUGGGCGGAAACGGAUUUACACAAUCGUCGUUCACCAGCAGCAGCUUUGGCGGCCCUGGAGGAACGAGCUUUUCCCAAUCAUCACAGACAGUCAUCCAAGACGGCAAGCGAAUAACGACAACCAGGACGACCCAGAACGGCGUGACAUCGGAGCGUGUGGAGGAGGUUGAUCAGCGCACAGGCGAGGUGCUUGCGCUGACGAUUGACGGUCAGGCGCAACCAGUUGGGCGACUCGAGGCUGCACCACCACCACGCCACUGAUGGGUCAAGGCCUCCCCUCUUCACCACCACCUACUCCUUCCCCUUAAUCACCUGCGGCUGAAGCGCCAUCUCGUCGGCGCUCUCAAUCCCCCAACGGACACCUCCACGUCGUCGUCGUUGUUGUUUUAGUUGUUGACCCCCGGAUGGAUCGGACGGAUAUGAAACCGAACCCGACUCGAUUAACGAACGUGUGUUUGCGCGUUCGCAUCAGUGGCUGGCACACACAUCCCCCCCCCCUUUUUUUUUCCUUCGUGCUUUGUUUUUCUUCCUCAUCCCCCCCCCCGCCUUAUGCUCCUCUAGCUGCUUGUUUCUUCCUCCACUUUGCCCGCCAUCCGCGACACUACCGUCCCGUCAGUACUCUCGUAUUGUCGCCCUCAUUCUUCUUGUUCUCUUUUUCCUUCUUCUGAAUCGUCGCCAGCUCUUUUUUCGCCGUCAUAUCCUCCCCUUUCCUUUCCUUUCCUCUCCUUCCCUUCAUCUCUGUGCCCUGAGUGACUUACUCCCCCCCCCCUUCUUGCUCUCCCCCUCCUUUUUCCCCACUGCUUCCCUCUCCCAGUCGGGAAUUUUGCCCGGCAACACCACUAAAAGCACCCGUGAUUCCUCCCUGCCUUCGACUGCCUUUAACCCCUCAAACCUCCCCACCCAGUUGCUACCUUUUACCUCCUCCCCUUCCUUACCCCAUCUCCUCAGAAACACAAACACACGCGAAUUGACUUUUUCUUUUCCGACGCAUGCAUGUGAGCACGAGAAUGCAUGCGCACACUUGAGUCUGCUCUCAACCUCCACUCCUUUAGCUGUUCCUCUUCUUGUUCUUCUUCUUUUUCCUACAUGAGCGCGUUGAUGCGUGGGGGUAUCACUCUGUCGCUUCUCGACACGUGUUGCAGCCCUCUUGCACAACGCUCUUCCCUCCCGCUGUCUGCUUCUUCUUACUCUUGAGUGCCUCGAACACGUUUCUUCUUCUUCUUCUUCUUCUUCUUC